AUGACACAUAGGUAUCAGUUUGAAGCAGUUGAUCGUUCACUUAAGGAUUUAAUGGGAAAUGACUUGCCAUUUGGGGGAAAAAUAAUUGUGUUUGGUGGGGAUUUCAGGCAAGUUCUACCUGUUGUGAGAAAUGGAACAAGAGCUCAAAUGAUUGAUGCAUCCUUGAUAAGGUCUCCACUAUGGAACCAUAUUUCGGUUCUGCAAUUGAGAGAAAACAUGAGAUCUAGACAUGACAAUGGAUUCGCUAAUUUCUUACUCUCUAUUGGAAAUGGCGAUGAACCUACCAUUUCAGAUGAUAUGAUAAAAUUGCCGAGUAACAUGGUUAUCCCUACUGUUGCUGAUACCUCGAUUGAUGGGUUGAUUGAUCAAAUUUUCCCCAAUCUAAAUGAACACAUCGGUGAUGGAAAUUUUAUGGUUGAAAGAGCAAUCAUCACUCCAUUGAACGAAAUGCUGAUAGAAUCAAUGACAAGGAAUAUCGAUCCUAAAAAUGGUCUUUGUAAUGGAACACGACUACUUUGCCAUUCGCUAAAGGAUCAUUUCAUCGAUGCUGAGAUUUUAACUGGACAUGCAAGGGGAAACAGGGUCUUUUUGCCAAGAAUUCCGUUGAAAACUGCUGAAGAUAUUAGGUUACCUUUUGAGAUGCCAUGGGAGUUGUAUGUUGCACUUUCGCGUAGAAUUUCCGAGAACACGACAAAGAUUACUGUCGACAAUGGAAAGAUUAGAGGAAAGGAAGGAGUGUUCACAAAAAAUAUCGUGUACAAGGAAGUUUUGUUACUUCCUACAUAG